AUGGGCCCUUCAAAAACAAGCAGCAGUAAAGGCAAGAAUGUCGAUAAGUCUACUGACUGGUCGGAAUGGAAAUGGGACGAUGAACUCCAGCGUCAUUGGUCGUGGAGAUAUGGUCCCACGGGGGAGCCAGAAUACGAGUAUCGAUCUCAAUCUAGCCAACAGCAACAGGAGACUCCCAGAAGCACGGGAGAAAGCGUUAUUUUAGACAAUACGUCUUCCGAUAUUUCAACAACGUCAAACCAAGGCAGCCAUAAUACGCAAUACCAUACAGGACAAAUCUCUUCAACGAUUGCAACAAUUCCACAAAAGUACGCCAGUGCAGCACCAGCUAGCGAUUCUUAUUAUACUACUGCCACUGCUGCCACCUCAACUACCCAAGGUGUUGGAAGUCGCAGUGGUGUUCUCAGUUAUGCCACUCAGCCAACAUUUUAUUCUGGUUCUUUUAGCUCGGCUACCGGGCUGUCAAGCACCUACGGUUCAACCGCCUCCAACUAUGGUAAUCGUGCAUACGAUGAUAUCAACGAAGUCACCUCGACGUUCGGUGGCAUGUCACUAAACCGUCAACCUGCGAUGCCUGACAGGAACUACAUUGAAUCAUCAGGUACCAUUCGAAGACCCAUAGACAACGCAGACCGCGAACAACUUGAUCCACGCUAUCGUGUCAUUCCCGAAAAGGAUCAGAGGAAGUUUUGGAGAGUUGGCCGCGUAUUUAUGAUGCUAUGGACUGAGCCUGCUUUGAAGAAAGGGGGGAGCCGCAAUGGCACGCAUUAUAGCACAGUUUGGCUAGACGAGGGAGCUUACAGUGAGAUUCGUCGGUUUGUUGUGAUACGAGAGGGCUAUGGAAACAGUAUUUGCUCGUAAGUUAUCCUUUUACCUCUCCAACCAACGCUAAAUUAAGCAACCCAUAUAGACCGAUCCAUACUUACAACGGACAAGCAACUUUAAAAGCGAAUCUUCCAGAGCGUUACCAACAUGCCAUUAUAUAUACCGGUAGCCAGUGCCCAGCGGAGCACUCCUACGAAGCGGAAGAUGGUACUAUCGUGAAGGAAAACCUGACCAAAGACCCGAUUUGCGUGAGAAGAGAGCAGACUGGACCUGAAGGAGAUCUCGGAGCAUACUCUCGCCUUAAUUACAGCAAAAUAUAUACCGUCGAGAAUUAUGUCAGAGUGCUUCCUAUUGGAAUGGUGGAGAAGAACUGGAUACCAACGUUGAACGCCAAUUCUUUUGUUCGACCAGAUCUUGGCCCCGCUCAGCAGCCAACCCAGCACAAACCUCCAAAAUCACACGGAAGCGACAGCAGCAAACCAAAAGAUAGUAGCCACAAGAAAGGCAAGGAUAGUCGAAGAUCCCGGCGUUGA